AUGUUAACGCCCCGCGGCCACCCGGCGGGCGCAGACGUAUGCACCGCCCGUCCGUCCGGUCCACGGUCCACGGUCCACUGCCUUUCUAUUACGGUUUACAACCACAAUAAUCACAAGCCAUCACGAUAUACACGUACACAAGGAUUACUGCAUUCGUGUUCGCGAUAGUUGUAGUCUCAGCUCACUAUAUUAUAUAUUAUUAUAAUAUUAUAGUUGCCGACUCGCCGCAGUCACUUGCGACACGGUCACGCGUACACUUCGAUUUGCUCCGCAGUCGUCCGUCGUCGGUCAUCGUGACACUCGCCGCCGCCUGUUGAUUUCGUUGGUUCAUACCACAGCCGUAGACAGUAGUAACCACUAACCUGUCGCGGGUCACUCGCCAUUUGGGUGUCGAAUAUAUAAUAUUAUACUGUCGUCUAUACGCUGCGAUGGCUGCCGGCAAGAUAUUGGUGUACGGAGGAAAAGGAGCGUUGGGAUCGACGUGCAUAUCGUUCUUUACGGCCCAAACAUUUUGGGUUGGAUCAAUAGACCUAUCUCGAAAUGAAGUUGCAAAUGCUAAUGUGAUUGUGGAACGGGAUGCUACAAUAUUAGAACAAGAAUCACAAAUUUUGAAGGAGCUCGAUUCAGUUUUAGGAUCUGAAAAAUUAGAUGCUGUAAUAUGUGUUGCUGGUGGUUGGGCCGGCGGUAGCUCAAGCUCUGAUGAUUUUGUAAAAAAUACUGAUUUGAUGUUAAAACAAAGUGUUUCGAGCUCAGUAUUAGCAUCAUCCAUUGCAUCCAAAUAUUUAAAACCUGGAGGUAUUUUAGUAUUGACUGGUGCUAAAGCUGCUCUUGGUCCCACACCAGGAAUGAUUGGUUAUGGUUUAGCUAAAGCAGCAAUACACCAUUUGACAAAAUCUUUGGCCGAUGAAAAUGGUGGUUUACCUACAGGAGCUCAAGCUUUUUCAAUAUUGCCUGUCACACUUGACACACCCAUGAAUCGUAAAUGGAUGCCUAAAGCUGAUACUUCAACUUGGACUCCAUUAGAAUUUAUUGCAGAAUUAUUUUCUAAAUGGAUUAAAAAUGAAGAAAGACCUCCAAAUGGUUCACUUGUUCAGUUAAAUACAAAGGAAAAUAAAACAACUUUGGAAUUUGAAUAAUUCUUUACAUAUAAAAAAAAAAAUAAUUUCAAACCUUCAAAUUUCUGUUUGUUAAAUUGUACUUAAUACUAUUUAAAUAUAAUAACUACAAACUUAAAAAAUAAAUAUAUAUUGUCCUACUCUAUGGAUAACGGAAAAGUUUAUAAAGCAUAAAAUUAUUAUUUUAAUAUUUUAAUAAAUCUUAUUUUAUUUUACGUCAGAAA